AUGGCUACUGUUGAGGCAGAGCAUAUAGCAUAUGCUUGUGUUCAGGCAUGCUUCGCCAUCAGCAACAAGAACAAAUGGUCUGAAGUGGAUGGCAAAUUCAACAAUCAAGCAUUCUACUACAACAUCAUCGACUUUAUUCAUGAGUGCGAGGAUAGAGACUGGGCAGAGGGACUCCUCAAAUGGUGGAACAGGACAUUAUUUAAAAAUGAGAACAGACGUGAAGGUGGACCGACCAUAUCCGACGACAAUGGACCCGGAAAUUUGACUGGCUUGUCCUCUGCUCCAGUAAAUGGGCUGGCUAAAAUGCGAGCACAGAUGGCCGCUCGUGCCAGCACUGCCAAACAACUCGCAGCACCUGAAGCUACUCCGACUAUCCCAACACCACCUCAAAGCUCUGUCACCCUGGAACCGGAACUCCUCCCACCACCAAUUGCUUCUGUCACCCCAGAACCGGAACUCCCCUCACUGCCAAUUGUUCAAUCUCCAAGGCUCAUGCAGACAGCCCCCAUCCCACCAAAAUCACCUGCACCGAGUGAACUCACGCCAGAUGAUGUUCCAUCUGACAAUAAUGAAGACUUGGAAGAUGUCAGUACCAACAAAAAGAGGAAAAAGAAGGCACCGAAAACCAGCUGGGGUAAGACUAAGCACCACACGACAGAGGAAUCCAAUGAUGAGGACCAGGAACUGGCCAAGCCAACCAAAGGUUGCACCAAACACAUAGCAUGCAGGAAAUAG